AUGGCGCGAGGCGAGAACGGGGACGAGGACGGGGUCGAGGGCGUGGAGCUGGAGAUGGCGCGCGCGUACGAGGACGCGCUCGGACGGGCGCCGCGGGAGGGGACGGUGAGAGAGGCGCGCGCGUACGCCGGACGAGCGCUCGCGCGGGAACGCGGAGAAGGCUUGGACGGCUCGAAAGAAGAGAUGGAGGCGAAGUGCGCGCGAGUGGCGAUGAUAUCUCGAUAUCUCUCGCGCGCGCUCGAGAAGAGGGCGGGCGUGGGUGAGGAGGAGGAUGCUCGAGACGCGCUGAAGACGCGGGCGGAUUUCGACGUCCUCGUGCGAGAGCUGAGCGCCGCGUACGCUCGGUACCGCGGUGACGACGAUUCAAACGUCUCGUGGUGUCCGCCUAGCACGUUUGAACGUCGAACGGUGAAAUAUUGGGUCCAUCCAAGAGACGUCGUUCCGCUACAGUUGGAGAUUUUGAAGCGUCUGCCCAUUUUGGACUUUCGAGACCAACGCGUUGGCAAAGACGACCGCGAGAAGGAUCAACGUGAUGUCAGCGAUAGAUCGAUGAUCACGUCCGUGUAUCUGGACAACUCAAACUGUGAAGUGUAUCGUUCGCGCCUCGUCCGCGACCAAGGGGCGACGCUCGUUCGAUGUCGUUGGUACGGAGGCGGUCGCUGGGACGACGUCUUCAUCGAGCGAAAGACGCACCAUGAAUCUUGGUCCGGAGAGAAGAGCGUAAAGGAACGAGUGAAGAUAUCGAGAGCGACCGCGGUGUCAAUUUUCGAUGGACACACGCCGCUUCGUGAUCUUCCCGCUUCAGAUUCGGAUUUGAUAAACGAGGUACGGAGUUUGGAGAUUGAUCGUCGAAACAUAAAACCGGUGCUCAUGACGAAAUAUCGUCGCACCGCUUUCCAACGUUCCGAUGGAAAUCAGAUACGGAUUUCGAUCGACACGGAAUUGCAAUGGCGGGAUGUGCGCGACCUCGGAACUCGGGCAAUCUCCAAAUCCUCGCUUCAUGAUUUCUCUCCGCCAUUUGCGUACGCCGUUCUCGAGGUGAAGCUCUCGUGUUCCGAGGAAGAGGAACUUAUGGAGUGGAUCGACGAGGUGACAUCCACGUUCGAUGUCAUACAAGUGCAUAAGUUUAGCAAGUUUCUUCACGGAUGCGCGAUGCACUUUCCUCGAGACGCCUUACACACGCUCCCGCACUGGUACGCGAUUCAGAUGACGGUUGGCGCAAAAGCUCGCGCGCAUAGCGAAAAAGAGUCUCCUGAUCUGGACAUUGAGCGCACAGAAUCAUCGAGCUCCUUUACGGAGCUUUUGCGCACCCUGACUUCGGCGGUGGUGUGUCGACAGAAGGCAAAAGCAUCUUUAGGUUCUUCGAAGAAGGAGGAUGAAGGACGAGACGACGUCGAAGCGCCAGAAAUGCGUCGACGAUACAUGCCAGUUAAAGUGGAGCCAAAGACUUUCUUCGCGAACGAGCGCACUCUUUUGCAAUGGCUUUCUAUGUCAAUACUUCUUCUUUUCCUUGCUCUGGGACUGAUGGCUGUCGAUUUCGGUGGUGGUGACGGCGGCGCGGUGCCGUUUGCUGACGCGUCGAACGCGUCGUACACGAUGCGAGGCCAUUCCUUUGCUGGUGCCGUUUGCGGGAUGAUCAUAGCCCCAAUCGCGAUACUCUUCAUGCUCUACGCGCUAUGGACGUACAUGGUUCGAGCAUGGCGAAUAGCGCGUCGUGAACCGAGUACGAGAUACGACGAUGUUUUUGGACCGGUGGCGUUGGUCGCAAUCCUCGUCGUCGUCGCGACAACCGCUGUCAUCCUUAGCGCAAUUUCUGUCGAUUGGAACAACGUACGAUACGAUCGACUCUAG